GUUCAAAACACCUGAGCCGGCGCCGAGCUAGAGCUGCCAGUAACGCUCGCCUCGCGCGCAGGGUCGCCUUUUUUGGUUGUUAUUAAUAUUAUUGCUACAUCGCGUUCGGGACGGUAUUCGAAAAGAAUAUCAGAACCCGUCCCGCGUUCGGAAGUUCUAUUCCAAGCGUUCGACCGUCCUGCACUGAGGGAACACACAGUCUGUACACGGGCUGGAAAACAAGAUGUCCGCAGCCGGGACAGUGGGGGCAGAACGGGACGGAGGAAAGUCCCAACGGGAGCAUAUGUACCGCGAGUUUCAGACAUGGGCCGUCCAGACUUACGGGGACAGCGGCAAGACCAAGACGGUGACCCGGAAAAAGUACCGGCGCAUCACGCGGUACCUCUCGGGCGACGAGAAGCCCACCACCGACAACGCCAAGUUCCGCUUCUGGGUGAAAUCCAAAGGGUUCGUUCUGUCCCCUCUGGGAAACAACAACGACUCGCCCACCAAGAAGGGGAUACUCUACGUUCCCGUGAAAAAUCAGGACGUGAAGACAGGACAAGGCUUUAAGCGCGUGGCGGUUGUGGAGGAUUUCUUCAGCAUUAUCUACAACAUGCACGUCAGCGCUCCGGAAGGGGACGGCCGGCCGCCCAAACACGCCGGGCAGAAGAGGACGUACAGAGCUGUGUUGGGGCCGCUCAAUGCCUAUCAGGACGUACGCACUCCCCCGGCUUCGGAAAUCUAUGACCCUCUGUCUCCUGGGUAG